AUUAGGCAGGGGGCACCGCUGAGAUGGGCCGACCAAACCCAUGAUGGAGAGCCCGACGUAAUGGGCGAGCCGGUCGUGACAGAGCCGCAGGAGACUUUAAAGACAAGAACCUCAAGCGGUCGACGAGAAGCGACAAGACCACGCUCCCCCGAGUAUGAGCGAAGGAAAACCAUGGCGGAUAGGCACAAGGACGACUGGAGAGAGAGUUCGAGGGAUUCCUACUGGAGGGAUAGAGCACCGCCCCGGGGUGUCUUCGACCCCCAGACGGGGGAGUCACAUCUGCUCCCUUACGAGAGCAAGGAUCGAUAUAUUAUUACGCACAAGGCCUCGGAGCCUCCUACUUUCAGGGGCUAUGGAAUCACAGAAUAUCUGGAGAAGUGGGAGCUUCAUGCUAGCCGGAGUCAAUGGUCGGAGGAAGAGAUUAUAGAAAACUUCCUAUUAAAUGUAGAUCCAAGUCUCGGCAAGGAAGUUAAGGAAGCUCGACCGAAGGAUGGAAAAUGGACUACGUAUAAGAAGAACCUCAUUGAACUUUACAAAUUAGAGGAUAACAAGUACUCCAUCAAGGACCUUGAGACUAUGACUCAAGAUGAAGAUGAGAGCGUAUGGGCAUUUGGGAUGCAUUUCCAAAAGAUCUCUGACGUGCUGAUGAAGAAGGGGAAGAUCUCAGAGAUCGAGCGUUGUACUAUCUUCAUCGGACACCUGUCCAAGGGCAGGCAAAAAAGUAUACUUAGAGAUCUCCCGCGCGACAAACUUGACUUCCCAGAAGUCCUAAAGCUUGCGAUAAAGACAGAGGCAGAGGACUUGGUGUGGAGAGGGAUGAGGAGACGUGACUUCUCUCUCUACAAGGAGUAUGCCACUGAUAGACGUCCUGAUUUCAAGGACUAUCCCUGGUCGGAGAAGAAUGAAGCCGUGGCCGAGGAAGUGAAGGAGAUAAGGGACAUGGUAAAGGGAUUGACAAGACAGGUUACAGAGAUUGUGACCACCACAGGAGCCACGACAUACCGGGACAAGCCCGGAGGGCUCUAUUCACUUCGCUGGGACCAGAGGAACACUGAUUCCUGGAGGAGUGUUGAGGAUAAAAAUCCUCGAACGCUGACUGAUUAUCACCGGGACCGCAGGACUCGCGAGAAGUAUGGGCAAGCUAGGAAACUGGAUGACUACUCGUGUAGCCCUCGCUAUGAGCCUGAUGGGGGUAGAGGCGACUCUCGAGGACGGUGGGAGCUGGAUCAGGGCCGGCGAGACGGAUACAGGGAUGAUAGAUAUGAGAGAUCGGGCCGAGACGGAUACAGGGACGACAGAUAUGAGAGGUCGGAUCGAGACGGAUACAGGGGUGGCAGAUAUGAGAGAGGAGAUCGACGCGAUGAGUCGCUCGGGCGAUACGACCAAGGAGACCAACGUGAUGAUUCACGCAGGCGAUACGACCGAGGAGACCGAUAUGAUGAUUCACGCGGGCGAUACGACCGAGGAGACCGACGUGAUGAUUCACGCGGGCGAUACGAGCAAGGAGACCGCCGCAAUGAUUCGCGCGGCAGGAAUGAGAGAGGGGGAUAUGGCACGUCAUCCGAUCCACAUACAAAGUCCCCAAACCCCAGAGCAGCGAGGGGUUCAACCUCCAGGGGCGUAGACGACAGGCCACCCACUCCCAGGAACUCCUGCGUCUACUGUAGGGGGGAUGAUCAUAUCAAGAGAGAUUGCCCGGACCUCAAACGGGUAAUAGAUGAGGGGCUUGUCGUGCUUGAYGACCGCAAGUACGUCAAGUGGGCAGAUGAUCUGGGAGACGUAUCGAUGUUCCCUUCGAUAAAGGAGAAUGUUGAAGCAAGGAGAGUUAAGCCGAUUUUUGGAAAGAAGCCGGUUAGGAGCCAGAGCAUCAAGAUAACUUUCAAAGGAGAUAUGGUGACCACACCCAUAAGGGUAGCAACUACCAAGUUGGCGAGAGGGUCUACAUCAAAGAAGAUUGACACGGAUUACGUGAUGGCGGAAAAAGAUAGGCAGCGGAUCGAUGGGGAGGAGGUUCUUCUUUCACCACGGAAGCGGGGAGUGAAAAAGUUAUUGAUGAAGAGUUUGAUGGACGAGAUUGACAAGGUCGAGCCACUGAGGCGGGCCCUUCGGCAGCCCAUGCAGUGCUCAAUUCUGGAGUACCUGGCGGCAUCAAAGCCAGCUCGCGACGAGUUACACAUGAUCACGCGGAAGACUCGCAUACCUCUAUCAGAGGAGGUACRGGUGSCCCCAARGGCGGAUGCACCCGCCGUAGCAGUAUCGGAGGUGACAAUUAGGGCAGAUCGCAUGGCGACAGUCCUUCUUGAUGGGAUGGAAGGUGUGCCUCCAGACAAGUUUUACAUACUUGGUAGUGGGGCCGUGGAGGCGAUCAUAAACGACGGAGCGGUACUAGAUGCUGUGAUCGAUAACGGCAGUGAGGCUGUCAUUAUAGACGAGGAUCUGGCAGUGCAGGUUGGACUGGGCCUCGAUAGGUCAUAUCUAUUCGAGAUAGAGACGACUGAUGGGAGAAAGCAACAGAUCACCGGGGUUUGUCACAAGGCAGCCAUAGAGGUCCAAGGGGUACGAGUGACCCUGCCUGUUUUUGCAGUCAAGAACUGCAGCUCCGAUCUGCUCUUGGGACGAAGAGGGUUGAGCCACGUGCAUGCGGUAACGAUAGAGCGACCGGAUGGGAGUCAGGCAUUAUUCAUUAAGAAGCUAGAUGGGACGCGUGUUAUGAUUGAGACAGUGGAGUCUCGGGACCAGAGGAACAGAGCAGCUUUCGCUGUGGGGGCAAGACCCAGUGAUCAAAUUAAGUCAUUGCCUAUCUCCGGCCGCGCGGUGCGAUUUCACGAGAAGAAGCAUGGACCACUGCUCACAGAGAAAGAAGGUCGGAUCGUGGAGGUGGAAGAUUUAGGGAGUCAGCUGAUAGUGGACGGCAACUCGUACCCAAAGGGAAUAGAUGAGGAAUUUGGCGGGUGGAAAUACACACAGAGGGAGAAGGAAGAAGUUAUCGCCUUCCUGAAAGAAAAGAUCGUUUCCCAUGUUGCGGAACCGUCUGAUAGCUCUUAUGCUAAUCGAUGGUUCUUCCUACGAAAGCCGAAUGGCAAGAUCCGGUGGAUCCUGGACCUUCAGAAGGUCAACGCGGUGACGAUACGAAACGUGGGCUCCGUGCCACACGCCGACUUAUUGGUUGAAGGCGCCGCAGGCAGGUCGAUUUAUUCGGUUUGUGAUUUGUUCUCAGUCUAUGAUGAGGUACCGCUUGAUCCUAGGGACAGGCACCUCACGCCUAUGCACACGCCAUUGGGACUGAUACAGAUGAUGGUAGUCCCUAUGGGUUGGACUAAUGGGGUAGCCGUUUUCCAGAGAGCCAUGGUAGCCGUCCUCAAGGACUUCAUUCCUGACAAGGUUGAAGUUUUUUUGGAUGACUUUCCUAUUAAGGGCCCAAUGCAGAAAGACGAAACAAAAGUUGUACCAGGAAUAAGGAGAUUCGUCGAGCAGCACCUAACAGAUAUUUGUGCGGUUCUCGAGCAUUUAGACGAUGCAAAUUUGACGGUCAGCGGAACAAAGAGCCGAUGGGCUGUCUCGACUAUUAAGAUCUUGGGCUUUAUUUGUGACUCGAGAGGACGCCGAGCAGAGCCGGCGAAGCUAGACAAACUCCUAAAUUGACCGUCACCGUUACAUAGUUCAACCGAGGUUCUGCAGUUUCUGGGAGUGGUCGGUUACUGGCGGAUAUUCAAACAGGGGUAUGCGGAGAAGGUUGAGCCAUUGAGGUUACUCCUUCGAAAGACUGAGAAAUUCUACUGGGAUUCCUCGCAGGAACUCGCUAUGCAAGAGCUUAAAGACGAAUUUAAGGAGGGAGGACGUGUAUUGGGCGUGCCAUUCUUUGACGAUGAGGCCGAGAGACCCUUCAUAGUAUCCACAGAUGUUGGACCUUGUUCGGUAGGUGGAUUGUUGUCUCAGAAGGACGCUGAAGGGGAGGAGAGACCGUUAAGAUUUGAGAGUAAAACACUUAAUACGGU